UCUGAAUGUACCCGCAUUUGCAAAAUACGCCAGUAUCGCGGUUUAUGUAGUGCAAGGAGGGAUACGGACAAAGAUAAGAGGGCGCGCGCAAUAGUACGACAAAAACAACAACAGACAACACGUACGUGAUACGAGCAACUGCUACUGCUGCUGUAUCGAACGAAGGAACGCAGCGGCCAGUCAGUAGGCAUUGUUAUUUUUGUAAUCGUCGCGCCCCGUUGGGUUUAAUGGUGCCGAUAGCAAGUCGUUUCCGACCAUCACAUCGUUCUUGUUCCAUGUGAAAAUCGCGAGCCGUCGAGAUGAAGAACGUGUUCCUUAUUACCGUUGUCGGUUCGCUGAUGGCGUUCGCCUACCUCAGUUACGCAUGCAACGAGGCUGUGUGCGCGUCCAUCGUGUCUAAGUGCAUGAUUACACAGUCGUGCAAGUGCGACCUGGCCAACUGUUCGUGCUGCAAGGAAUGCUUCAGUUGCCUGAAUAACUUGUACAGUGAAUGCUGUUCGUGCGUAGACAUGUGUCCCAAACCAAACGUGACUACUAAUGCAUUGAGUAGAAAAAGUCAUGUAGAAGAUUUACCAGAACCUAUAAUGACACUAUUUUAUGCUCUUGUUUCGGAACCAGAUUUACAAGAACGUUGGGAGUCAUUGACGUUUCCUAUUGAUUUUGAUAUUGAUGUAUUCAAACCAGAUUUUCAGAAAGAAAUUAAGUUGCUGCAGAAAAAUUCUGCUCAAGAAGUAUCACCAGUGAAAGACGUCAUAACUCUCAAUUGUUCUGUAGUAUACAUGAACAAUUGUCUGUCAUGGAACAAAUGUAAGGCAUCCUGUAUGUCGAUGGGUGCUAAAAGCUACAGAUGGUUCCAUGAUGGAUGUUGUGAAUGUGUUGGUGAUCGUUGUAUGAAUUAUGGAAUAAACGAGAGCCGAUGUAAACACUGUCCAUUAAAAGGAGCAGUUGUGCCAACAAUUAGUGAAGCUGAUUAUGGUGAUGAAGAUGAUGAUGAUGAAGAAAUGAUACAAUAAUACAUUUUCUUAGUUAUUAAUGUUAAUAUUACUUUCAAAU